AUGUACACCCCGCAGGCAAGGAGAAGUCGCACGAGCGUCGUCAUCCUGGUGGUCCUUGCGAUGGUCUGCCUCUACCUCAUUCUACAGCUGACCAGUUCGUCUCUUCGGACCAUCAUGGGAUUCGCGCCAGAACAAGCCCCAUCAUAUCACAAUUACACGUCGUCAUUCUCAUUUGAUCUGGACCGAUCGGUCAAUCCUGAAUGGAUGGCGAGCAUUCCGGACCAGACCAGCCUGGCCGACCUGUCAAUACCUGGGACACACGACACGGAGACCUUCGACCUGGUCAACAACACGGUAUACCAGUGUCAAAACCAUGACCUGAAGACACAGCUUAGGGCAGGGCUGCGGUAUUUCGACAUCAGAGGGCGUCUGGUGAUCGAUGAGACGACCGGCGGGGAGGAGGCGGCACCUGUGAUUGGCAUAUUCCACGCGCAGGUGUACACGGGCUACACGCUGGAGGACGUAUUGCUCACGCUCUAUGACUUCCUGGACCAGCAUCCGACAGAAGGCAUUAUCAUGAGACUAAAGCAAGAAGGACCGCCAGUGCGCAGGAGGGCCGAGGGAAUCUUCGAGGACGACGAAGAAGCCGACACCACGGCGUAUAACACCACGUUUGAGGAGGCUUUUAACUAUUACCGCCUCGGGAACUCACGGACCGAGCCGGGGAGCACGGAGCAUCUGCUACUUCCCUGGCCCAGCUCGUCGACGCCGACCAAGCCCCUGCUGCCGAUCAUGGAGCAGCUGCGCGGCCGGAUCAUCGUCCUGCAAGAAUUCCCGUCCGUCUCGGGGAGCUACGGCGUGCCGUGGACGUCACCGCACAUCAGCCUCGAGGAUCUGUGGAUCAUAGUAGAUCGCGGCCACCUCGAGGACAAGUGGGAGGCGAUCCGGGCGAACCUGGAGGCGGCGGCCGCGAGCCCGCCCGGCUCGGACGUGCUGUUCCUCAGCCACCUCAGCGCAAGCGUCGGGGUCACGCCCAUCGAGGCGGCGGCGGGGCCGCUCGAGGCUGUGAACGGCUCGAUGAUUGUGGGUAUGAAUGAUCGGACGGCCCGUUUCAUUGAGAAGAGUGGCAAGGUGGGCCAGCAGGGGAAGACUGGGGUUAUUAUGGGAGACUUCCCGGGCCAGAGGCUGGUGGAUGCCAUAUUGGCGAGAAACCUGUGGUUGACGGGUUGA